AGAAGGAUUAACUAAAAACUGCACGGUUUUUUUUUUUUUGUUUUUUUUGAAAAGUUAAAAUCCGUUGAGAUGGAAGAUGGAAAUGUAAAUUUUCAGAACGAGGGCAAAUGUUUGGCAGAACUGUUAGGCUACGUGUUUAAAAAUUCGGUUUGGACGGAUUGCGUAUUCAAAGUCGGACCCGAAGGAGAAGAAAAGGAAUUUAAGGCACACAAAUUGAUCUUGUCUGUGUACAGCAAAGUUUUUGAGACUAUGUUCUCAGGCCGGUUUGGUGAAAACACUGAAGACAUCCAAGUGAUUGACGCACAGCCGGACGUUUUUGAAGCAAUGCUGACGUACAUUUACACAGAUGAGUUAGAGAUAAAAUCAAUCGAUCAGGCUUGUGAAAUUUUCUAUCUAGCCGAUAAAUACAUUAUUAUGAGACUCCAGGAACUGUGCAAAGCUUAUGUGUUUAAGAACGUGGCUCUGAACAAUGUGUGUAGAUGUUAUGAGUUCGCCAAACUGUUUGAUCUCUACGAGUUAUUGGAGAAAUGUAAAAAAAUUAUUUGCGAAGAAACGUCGUUGGUCCUCCAAUCACCCGGCUUUCUAGGGGCCCAGAUGUCCACUGUGAUGAUGAUUCUGGACGAGAAAACGUUAUAUACUACGGAGAUAGAGAUUUUUAACGCUGUGGAGCUUUGGACGAAGGAGGAAUUUAAAAGAAAGGGCAUAAAUGGUGAUGAGUACUCAGAAGAACGGCAAAUGAUUUAUGAUGUCAUAGUUCCAAAGAUUUGCUUCAAGAACCUGAAGGCCAGGCAAUUUGCCGAAGGACCUGGUUGCAGCCCUCUUUUGACUAAGGACCUAUCGCUCGCGAUCUUGCUCCAUCUGGCAUCACCCAUGUCCAACCCUCUCCCAACUGGGUUUUCCACAUGCCACAGGAACAGCAUGGAAAGAUCUUUUAAACUUUUUUGGCCAGUCUUCACAGUCAAAGAUGCAACACCAGUUGAUAUAAGUUUUGUGACGUUUUCCUGCAAUAGGGAUAUCAUGCUGGAUGGAGUCCUGAUUAAUUGCAAGUCACAAUACAGUUGCUAUGACGUGUUUAUAGAGAUUUGUUUAAAAGAUCACACUUCCGACAUUGAAAGCAAAUCUAUUUCCAGCAUGUAUUGUUAUGACUAUACCAUAAAAAAGAUUUCUUUUGCGAAAAGAAUAAAGGUUUGUAGUGGCAGAAAAUACACAAUCAGUGUGAACUUCAAGCAAUCGGUAUUUUGCAAGGCCAGAUAUUUGAACACAUUUGAGUUUGUUUUCGAAUCGUGCACAUUUGAUAUACUUGAAGCUUCUGAACCCCUUUUUAUGGAAGGGAUCUUUUUUACUCUUUGAAUUAUAAAAAAACACUUUGGAUAA